GAUGUGAUACGUUUGCCCUUUGUAGUGAACACUUGAGAAAGACUUAGGAAAAUACGAAUUGUUCGGUCAACUCAACAACUUAAGUGUUGCUAUAUACAUUUGAAAAACAAAUCAAGCUUUGGAUCAAUCAUGAAGAAUAACAUUCUGUUAUUAUUGAUUCUUCUAUUUCUAAUUCAAUUUUCUGUAUCGCUUUCUUCCUCAAAUGAGACUGACCAAAGAGCUCUACUAGCUUUCCAUAAUCUCAUUACAACUCCUAAUCAUUUUUUGGCCAAUAAUUGGACCAAAAGUCCUUCUUUUUGCUCUUGGUUUGGUGUCACUUGCACUCCAAAAAGACAAAGGGUUGUUGCCUUGGAUCUUCCUAAUUUGCAACUUCAAGGCACAAUUUCCCCGUCUUUGGCCAAUUUGUCCUUCCUCAGUGUUCUCAAUCUCCAGAAUAACAGCUUCCACGGUGGCAUCCCUUAUGGACUUGGUCACCUGCCUCGCUUGCGAGUGAUUGAUGUUAAAAACAAUCAGCUCAACGGAAGUAUACCAACAAGUCUAUUUCAAAACCGUAGAGUUGAAGUAAUUUCAUUGGGUGAAAUGUGGAGAGGGCCAUGGUAUGUACCCCAACUCAGAGUCUUAAAUCUCAGGAAAAAUAGCCUCACCGGUAUAAUCCCCCCUUCUGUUGGAAAUGCCACAAAAAUGAUGAACUUCAGUUUGUCUGGGAAUAGAGUCAGCGGCAACAUUCCAACGGAGGUCGGUAAUCUGAGCCAGCUUGCAUUUUUAUCCUUGAGAGAUAAUCAAUUAACAGUGAUUAUUGCAUCCUUUCUGAUAUUCUUGUUGGUUUCAAUUUGGAUGAUGAAACGACGGAAGAAAGGGAAGUCCAUAGAUGUGGAGAAUAUACCGGAGAUCCGGACUCAUCAAUUAGUUUCUUAUCAGGAGAUUCAACGAGCAACAAAUAAUUUUGAUGAAUCCAAUUUAAUUGGUGAGGGAAGCUCUGGCUCUGUGUACAAAGGCACAUUGUUUGGUGGAACUGCAGUGGCUAUUAAGGUUCUGGAUUUGGAAAAUGAUCAAGUAUGCAAGAGGUUUGAUACCAAAUGCCAAGUGAUGAGAAAUGUUAGACACCGAAAUCUUGUUCCGGUGAUUACUUUAUGUUCUAGUAACUAUAUAAGAGCCUUUGUUCUGCAUUUUAUGCCCAAUGGAAGUCUUGAGAAUUGGUUGUACAAUGAAGAUCGGCACUUGAACCUUCAUCAAAGAGUCGCUGUAAUGCUUGAUGCAGCUAUGGCAGUUGAAUAUCUACAUCAUGGUCAUGUAACUCCAAUAGUUCAUUGCGAUUUAAAGCCAGCCAACAUUCUUUUGGAUGAAGAUAUGGUGGCUCAUGUUGGUGAUUUUGGAAUCUCUAAGAUUUUAGCUGUGAGCAAAUCCGUGGCACAUACAGAGACAUUGGGCACUCUUGGAUACAUUGCACCAGAAUAUGGCUCAGAGGGAAUAGUGUCUGCUAGUGGAGAUGUUUAUAGCUACGGUAUCAUAUUGAUGGAAGUCUUGAUCAAAAGAAGGCCAACAGAUGAAGAGAUAUGCAAUGAAAAUCUUGACUUGAGGAAAUGGAUCACACAAUCAAUUUCAGGGAGGAUGAUGGAAGUUGUGAAUGCCAAUCUCUUUUCCGAGAAAAAACAAAUCACUUGUAAAAGUGAAAUGUGCAUAACUUUCAUGAUUGAGUUGGCUUUAGAUUGCACAAAGGAAACGCCAGAAUCAAGAAUAACUAUGAAGGAUAUAGUAAAGAGGCUUAACAAAAUCAACAACACAUUUCUGGAAACAUAGAAAUCAUGUUGUUGUUUUCUGAGCCGCAAACUAAUAUGAUGCUUUUUUGUUUCUUUAAUAUAGUUGUCGUUUAUUGUUUUUAAUUUCAACUGAGUGGUUUUUGACCUAUUUUACUCUAUGAUCUACUUAAAGGUGUUUAGCUGCACUAUUUUGUUUUUUUUGAAUGUGAUAAUGAGUGAAUGUGAAAAUAAAAAGAAACAAUUAGUGAAAA